CAUAUUCAUAACCGCACAUCCUUGUAAAACGCAUACUGAAAACUGAAUCCCGGGUAUGGAAGCUUUUCGUCGCACGCCUUUCUCUCAGGUUUUGUUGGCGUAGUAACACUCAACUCCGAUCUCUAGACAGAGGUCUGGUGAUAAGUUUUGACCUCCUCAAUUGACUUGUCUAAAAUUUUAAUCAAUUUAAGAUUGUUUUUGGUUUGUUUGUUUGUUUUUUCCUUUAACAAAAUCGUUGUUUAUAGUAGGAUUUGGUUUUAAGUUUUGAUCAAUUUGGAUUCAAUUCUAAAUAACCACCACUUAGGAGGACUAAAUUUCAAGGUUACCGCAUAACAUUUUUCCUGGCUAAGUACAGUAACCAGGCAGCAGGUUUUCUGCUCCGUCAACUUCUUGGAUCUUCUUUCUUUUGAAAGUUCCAUCUUAUUCACUUAAGGAAAUUUUUCAUAAAAUGUGGAAGCAAAACCUUUUCACAAUUUUCCUAUAUGGAGUCAUAAUUUUUAAUGCUGCAAUGGUAUUACUAAAACAUAUUUACCACAGGCGCACUUCAUUGCUGCUCACAUGUGAAAAUUCAGACAGCAAUCUUGGCAUGUCUGCUGAACAUUGUCCUCUGAAAGCUCUAUCGAGUCACUGCACUCAAAGAGUAUUGGACGGUGUGAACAUGAGCCAAGGGCUUGUUCUUGGAAAGGAAAGAAAACAGAAAGUUUUCCUCACUCUUGGCAUUGUUGCAAUGAAAGGCGAAGAGAGCAACCUGAUACAAGCUCUCUAUUCCUUGAAAAAGCAUAUCUCAAUAGAUGAGCAUGUCGACAUCGUGUUCGCUGUGGUUUCCGAAGGAGAUUCAAAAUCACUUCUCUUACAGCGCAUAAAAAGCGAAUUCGAACACGAAGUGGACAAAGGUCUCAUUCAGGUCUUACAUCCCACGGAUAAAUUUAAUGAGGCAGUCAACAUAGAACCCCUGGGAUGGGGUGAUUUGACAUUAACAGAGGAUUUUAAAAAGACUACAAUGGCCUUCAACAAAAGACUCUGUUUCCUUCUCGAGUACUGCUUUCGUUCGUCUAAACACUGCUUACUUUUGACUGAUCAAGCCCGUGCUUUGAAACCUUAUUUGUCAGUAAUCAAGGAAGUUGUAAACAGAAUUGAAGAAAAAAACCUUACACUUUACGCACAUGAUUUCGGAGAAAGGUCGCUGCCUUCCUUAGGGCGGCUUUAUUCGGAGGCUUUAGUUGGCGAUUUGGCUGAAUAUGCGGCUCUUUUCCCAGGGGGUCGUUUCCCUCAAUCAAUCAUAGAUGUCUUUGCAGCUCUGAGGGUUUCCAGUUCAUCAACAUCUCAGACAGGUGGUCAGUUCCUUUUUAAACUAGCUGCAGAGCCACGCGGUGCAAAACCAAGGGCUGAGUUUGACACAACUGUCGAGUGUGAGAAAGGUCAUGAAAUAGAGAAAGCUUUCAUUCAAGAAAGCUUUGCUUGGCUCCGGACACCGAAAAAGGAUGAUAAAGUUAUUGUGAAAUUCGGAAAACCUUUUGCAAUAUCGCGUGUGCUUGUAACCACUGGAAGUCCUUUUUACAGAGAUAUUAUGAUCAACAGCGAACUCCUCUUGUGCGCUAAUGAUAUGGAAACAAACACGUGCGAUGAAUCACAGUGUAAGGCAGUUGGGUCCUUCGCAGAUCCCAUUUUAGAUGUUAGAAACCUGGAAACUGUCGUGAGCUUUCCAGUAAAAUGCUUAAAAAUUUAUUUUACUGCGGACGCUAAGCAAUGGGUUAUGAUUCGAGAGAUUUCAGUUUGGCCAAGAGAAUAGGAAUAACAACUUGGUCCCUGUGUUUCUUAAAGACAUCUCGCCUUGUUGUCUGACGGGGCGCGAUUUGUUUUUUUCCAAAGUGAGAUUACUCUUAAACAUUUUAUGUAAAAUAAAAUAAUAUUUAACCAUUCAAAUGGCUAUAAACCUGCACGAAUUGAGUUAGGAAAUGUACAGGGCCAGAGCCCAAAGUAAAACUCGAGAUGUAAUCCUGAAAACUUAUGUUAUAGGUUUCAACUUCCCGCAAAAUUUCAACAGGAGCCAUACGCACAAAUUAAAACCCGCAUUAACGUAUAUUGCACGUUUUUUUCUUCUGUAAGGAUAGCGUACCAUUAAGGUAAAAAACCUUUAAAAGGUGAGAAAAAGGUGAGCUUGGGAGAGAUGGUAAAUGUUCAGAGGAAGAAUACGCCAUGGAAAAGUGCCCAAGGAAUAAAAUAUUGCCAAAUUACAGUCACAUCUCCGCUAAGAGACACUCUUAAGCGGGCAUUUCUACUUUCGGACACUUUUUUCAGUUCCCUGCUUUGCCUGCUUAGUAUUUAUACAUUCCCGUAAGAGGACACUUUAACAAUAAACGGACGCAGACACUUAUAAAAGUGAAAA